GAGCUGGCCACCUUUGCACAAUUUUUGUUACCAAAAAUGUCCGGGCUUUGUUGGUUAAUCCUGCUUUUCCUCGCUGAAUCUUCAUCUUCAGCUAAGAUUAUAGGAGGCAGCGCAGUUGGAGGAUCUCAUUAUAUGAUGAUAAGAAACGUAGUAGAGGAGUUGGCCAGGCGAGGGCACGAGGUAUAAUCUGCUUAUGCUCAAUUAGCUUGACAUAAAAGGUCUGAAAAUGCCUCUCAUAAAGAGGUCUAGGGCUUGGUGUUCUACACGUGGGUGGGCUAGCAAUCCAGUAGGAAAACGAUGAACAUGUGGUAGUAGUUACUUAGCCAAAGGUGCUGACCUUUGCCACUAUUUUUAAUAGAAAUACUAUAGUGUCUCGACGAGCGGGCAGAUUCGGAACGGUGGCUAGCCUGUCUCUCAAGGUCCCAAUUGAAUAGCUCGCACCCCUUGAGAGAAAGAAACAAUGUCACUAGCCACAAAAACAAUAGUAGCUCCUACUCCCAAGGGACCAAUCUCAUGGGGGUGGGGGAUGGGGGCUACUCCCUUGUUAUGUUCUGGCCAGGUGUUCUGGUUACCAAGUAUGGACUCAAUCGACCUGAUUGGCUAAUGAAAUAAUAGCUUUUUCAACAUGCCAUGGCAUGGCAUGUACUCAAAUCCUAGUAGACAACUGAGGCUCCAAACAACUAGGAUUUUGGCACUGACUUUUGCAGAUAGACUUAGCCAGGCCAUGAUUAUUUGAAAGGUGGAUAACACAAUCUCCUGGAUAAGUCUCUCUCCAGUGGUUAGCGCAAUUGGUUUUUCUAAUACUCAUCUGCUAAACAGUGAUUUAUCCAGCGGCUAGCACUAACCACCAUUUGAACUACUAGGGUCAGAAGUUUAGUUCCAUAUUUGGUGCACUUCUAACCUGAGAUCAGGCGUUUUUUUUUCUUUGCUUAUUUGCUAUUACAGAGAUAAAGGGAGAGGGCAUGAUCGCAGGCUAGUGCACUUCCCACUUCCUGCUCCCAUUUUGUUUCUCAUAAACUAGAUUAUGUUGGCCCCCAAAAACCAGAUGCUGUUUUUGUAAUCAAGGAGGAAAAUAUUAGAAACCACUAUGUACAAAAGAUAAUACAUUCAUUUUAUACCUAGCCUUUUCCAAACAGUAAUUUUGUUUCAUUUAUUGCUCUACAGGUCACCUUGGUUAUUUCCUCUGCUCAGAAAGUGAAACCAAGCGAGAAAUUCGCUCACAAGAUUUUUCAAGUGCCUUUUAAGGAGGGAACAAUUUUGGAGACAUUUGCGAAAGAAAUGAUAGAAAAUGGAUCUCUGUCGUGGGACACUUUCAAGUCGUUAAGUGAAAUUGAUCGCAUGUCUUGUGAAUGUUUACUGAAUGACACGGAGUUUGUUAACAGCCUCAAAGGGUUUGAUUUAUUAAUUUAUGAUAACAUUGCAAAUUGUUACGUGUUGCUUGCUGAGUAUUUAGGCUUGAAAAGAGUUGAAAUUGCAGCAUUAUCUCCAAAUGGUCCACCACUGGCGAAACAUUUGGUACCUAUGCCUGUUUCAUACAUCCCCAUACCUUUUCCUGGAGAGCCCUGUACAGAUGAAAUGACAUUUACGCAGCGAGUUUUAAACUUAAUAAUGUAUGUCCUCGGUCAGUUUAUGAUGAGUCUACUUGUGUAUAGCAAUAUGGAUAGUACGAAGAUGAAGUAUAACAUUACACCUGGGAAGAGCUUUCUGGAGGCUGCUGGCGAAGCAGAAUUGCUGCUAAUGACUUCAGAUUUUGCUCUGGAAUAUCCACAGCCUUUAUUGCCUGGUAUGAAGUGAUAAGAAACAUAUUUUUUACAGUUCCCUGGCUAACAACCUAAAAGAAAACUACUGAACUAAAAUUAUUCAGAGUGAGGGAUGUGUAUGAAUGAGUUCCCCUGAGGGUGGAGGGUACUUACUAUAAUGGCCUAUAUCUGGGAGAGGCUCUGCCUGAAAGGGGUACCCUUUUUUCAGGCUUCAAGUAUAUGAAAGAUUACAAGGGAAAUCUGUCAUUUUUGCCAAGGUCCAAAAGGGCUAACAGAGGCAUUUAAUGGCUAUGGAAGAGUAAAGAAAACAUUCUGGUUAUGUGUGUAUUCGUUUUUAAAAAAGACAAGUGCAUUUAUAGCAGUUAAGAGGGAUGCAGAGUUCUAAACUAGGUAUGUGAAAACGGUACCAAUAUUUUAUUGUGAAUAGAAGGUAACAAAAGGGGUACCUUCUCUGUCAAAAAUGGUACAUGUAUAUAAAAGGGUAAGGGGUUGGACCUCAGGCAGAGCCUCCCCGCAAUAAAACUUAGUUGAAUCCCCCCCCCAGGAAAAGAGCCCAUCCAGUGAAGAUUUUAGAUAUGAUCCUGAUCUGAAAACUUUUAAUGAGUUCAGGACUUGAGACACUGAGGCAUCUGCUUUUUUUAAAGUUUUUAAACUUGAUUACUAAUAUUUUUACCAUAUGAAAGUAGAAAUAUUAUAUAAUGCAAUCCCUGAUUUCAACUUGCAGGCAACAUUAUGGUAGGGCAACUAAAUGUAAAAAAUCCAAGGCCGCUUUCCCCUGAGCUGGAAGAAUUUGUCAACAAGUCCAUACAUGGUUUUAUUGCUGUUUCAUUUGGAACUAACGUGGCAUUCCUGUCAAAGAAAAAGGUCGAUCUGUUGGCUGCUGCAUUUGGAAAACUUCAACAGAAUGUUGUGUGGAAACUGAAGGGUGAGAUAUCAAAUGUGUAUAAAUGAAGGACACAGUGCCUAGAAUAGAGGGAUCGUCAUACGUUUCUGGGAAACUGCCCACCUACCCCUCCCCUAACCCAACAUUAACACUUACUUCUCACUUGGGGCAAAAUGUUGGCUUAGGGGAGGGGUAGGUGAGCAUUUUCCCAGAAACAUAAUGAUCUGAAUAAAGCCUCUGAGUGACAUCUGAGUAACUGCUUGAUUUUACCUCCAGUUUGCUGUGUAUAUGCGCUUGUGAAUCAUAGUGAGAAUUUUAUAUUAGAUCAAAAAAAAGUCCCGAAUAAAAUUAUGUUGAUAAACAAAUUUGUUAUUUGCUUAAAAAAAGUGUUUAUAUUAUUUUAAAAGACCUGCCAACCCCUUGAACAGAGGAUUGUUCUGACACAAAGAGCUUUUGUUUAAUAACAAUAGGGCAACCAUUACAGGUCACAAUUAUUCAAAAUCGCAAAAUUUGGGAGAUUCUUUAAAAAAAGAUUGACUUGACUGAGUUAUUUCCAGUGGAGGUUUUUAUGCCUUUUUGCCAACCCCUGACAGAGGAAGAUCUGGAGACUUAGGAAAAAAAAAUCGGGAGAUUCUACAAAAAGUAGUGAGAUUCCAUUUUUUUGCUGAUCAAGAUAAAACAAACUCUUUUUCUGUUAGGGGAAUUAGCUGUGUAUUUAAGAAUUUCCUGUUUUUUCAAGCUGUAUUUAAUAAUAUAUAAUACAUAAUAUAAGUUUGUCUUUUUUGUUUAUAGGUUACAUUCCCUCGUCUCUGAGCCCAAACAUACGAGCACUAGAGUGGCUACCUCAGAAUGAUCUUCUGGGUCACAAAAACAUUAAGGCAUUUGUAUCUCAUGUGGGACACAAUAGUCUUUACGAGUCUGCAUAUCAUGGGGUUCCUGUGGUAGCAUUUCCUUUGUUUGCAGACCAGUUUUUUAACGCGAAAAAAGUUGAACAUUUUGGACUGGGAGUAUCCGUGAAUCACAAUAAUUUUGAGGUGGAAAACUUGGUUAGGGAAAUAAAACAUGUUAUCAGUGAGCCAAGGUAAGGCAGCACUACAGCUAUUUAAACCUUCCUUCCAUUUUUCUCUUCCAACCUUCCGUUAACUUACCUAUAUGUAUCUGAUCAUAUGUAAAUAAUAUAAACUAAUGUUUGAUCUAUGCCUGACCCACCUUGAUUAGUGUUCUUGCCACUUUGAGCAUCAGCACUAUCUUAUAUAUUUAUGUAAGGUAAAUAUAGGUUGUUGUUGUUGUUGUUUAACCGUAAAAAAUGGCAAAGGUCAGAUUAUUUUAUUGCUGAAGGCAUUUGUGGCAUUUGUGGCGGGUUUAGAUUGGGAGUAAGUACAGUUGACUCCUCUUAACCCUUUAAGUGCCAAUAGUGACCAACAACAAUUUUCUCCUAAUAAUAUCCAUACAUUGUCAGGAGAUAAAGUUAUGAGAAUUAAUAAAAUGAUCACCAAAGGAAAAAUGCCAUGAUCUUUUAUCAAAUUCUCUCACGUAAUUCUUAAAGGAAAUGUAUGGAGAUCAGUUUGGAGAAUUUGUAUGUGGAUAGUAGGACUUAAAGGGUUAACAGACUUCACUUAAAGAUGGACACCUUGCUAAAGUGGACACCUAGAGUUGGUCCCUGCCUUUAAUCAUUACUCCUUUUGACACGGAAAAAGAUGGACAUCACUCUUAGACAGACACUUAGUGCGGAUCCGAAAGGUGUUUGUCUUAGAGAGAGUUGACUAUACUACCAUUUAUACAAGAAGAAUGCUUGAGUAUUUACUGGUCACCCAGUAAGCAGCAAUGGUUGUCACCCUGGGGAGGCGGUAUCCCUGGGAAUUCUUGAUGGGGGUGUGCCACCUGCGGUUCUCCAAAUCCUGACCCUAUUUCAGACCAAAAAAUGACAUCUUUUACGCUCAUUUUCAGACCUGGCCUCUAAAAUCCAUACCCAUUCUCAGACCUGGCUUUUAAGAAAUUAUGUCAUCAUUAUCUAGAUUAGAACAGCAACAAAAAAUAUUUUCUUAAAAUCCAUUUCGAAUUCGCAUAUUUCUCUUUCUUUCUCACUCAUUUGGAAUUGAAACAAUAAAUUUAAAAAAUACGUUUGUACACUCCCACAGUUCCCUUGAAAAACAUACCCGAUUCCAGACGAAAAUGAGCAGUCUAUACCCAUUUUCAGACCAAAGCAGGGUGUGUGCCCAAAAACUCUUCCCUUUGGGGCGGCAAAUACCUAUAUGGCUUACAUAUAUAUCACCACCAACACCAUCAAGUUGAACAUAGAUAUCAGUGCAAAAUAAUAGACUAUAAUAAUAAUAAUAAAAGAAACGGUACACACUUAUCCAAGAUCGGAGCAAGAGGGACAAGGUAGAAAUAUGUAACAGUGAACACAUAGAAGUGGCUCUAGAUGAGGUCUGACAUGAGCUCUUAUUUGCAGGUUUAAAACUGAGGCUACACGAAUAUCUCGGCUCCUUAAAGAUAGACCAAGGACACCAUUAGAGACAGCUGGUGAUUGGAUAGAGUAUGUGAUCAGACAUGGCGGAGCUACACAUCUCAGAGCUCAAGUGUUUAACAUCCCUUGGUAUCAGUACUACCUACUUGAUGUCAUAGCGUUCCUUGUUGCCAUAGUUACACUGGUUGUUUAUGUAGUCUGUAUGGCAUGUCGCUUCCUAUGCAGGCUGUGUUGUCAAAAGAGGGAUAGCAAAUCUAAAGUAGAAUAGACAAUUUUAAAAUAUGUUUAUUAAACUCAUGGUUUUAUUUGUUGCCAUGGUGAGAAAGUUCACUUAUACACAGGAAAUCUUAAGUAGUAUGUAUGUACCCAAGAUUAGCAGGCGGCCAGUCGGUAGUUUAACUGUAGAUUUCUUUUUUCCUUAAGCUGCCAAUUGUUAUCUUUCUUCACCAAGGUGGAGAAUAUGGUGAACAAAAUAAUUAUUAUAAAUGAAAAGAAUGAACUUACCAAAUAAAUCUUA